AUGUUACAGGCUGUUGGAGCUGUGGGUGAGGAUGAGGAGCACGUGAAGGAGGACUGUCCUGAAUUUGUUCCCAUUGUGAUGAAGCAAAGAGAGGAGAAGAAAAAGUCUGGGCUUGAUAUCAAGAUCCCAGUCACAAUUAUCACCGGGUAUUUGGGUGCUGGGAAGACAACACUUCUGAACUAUAUUUUGACAGAACAACAUAGCAAAAGAAUAGCAGUCAUUUUAAAUGAAUUUGGGGAAGGAAGCGCAGUGGAGAAAUCCUCAGCUGUCAGCCAAGGUGGAGAACUCUAUGAAGAGAAGCUUUAA